CGUUAGUUGCAGGGAACCCCUAUCCAACAGUUACUAUGCUCCCUUGAGACGCCUUAUAGAUGGGCUUCUGUGCGACCAGUGCAACAUACCUCACGAAUACAUAGUUUCGUUUUCAUUGUUUUGCACGUUAUUAAUUUGCGGUGAACGAUGUCUCAGUAACACCAUAAAAUCGGCCAGGUGUCUUUCGAAACAAUUGCAAGCCCAAGUGCUAUCCUUGUAGACGGGCCAAGGCCUGAAACAAUCCUUAUGUUGUAUCUGGACGACUGAUCCAGCGUGUAACGUAUCCUUGUGUUAGACUGGACGCUAUUAAGCACAUGAACUUCCCUAACGGCAGGGCGUAGGCACCAAUGGCCGCUGGUGAAGAGCUUUCACGGUUGGAGGAGCUGCUUCGGCGGCCGGACUUUGUGUUGGAGCCAAAUGUCAAGGACAGUGUGCGACAAUACAUAAAGGCUGGCGGAAAGCCAGAAGUCAUCCUUGAGAGCUUAUCAGAGGGAUAUGUAGGCUACGCGCACAUGGCCAUGCUGAUGGUGAAGUGGAUGGAGCUGGUGGAGGACGAGCCGGAGCCCAGCCACGAUGAGUUCCACUACCUCAAGGAGUUCGCCAAGUCCAAGUUCGACCCCGACCGCUUCAUCAGCGUGUUCGGCUCGCACUCCACACGCGCGCAGGUGCUGCCCUGGCUUGACGGGCUGCUGGGCGACCCGCGCGGCCGCAAGCUGGUGUACGAACUGAGCGCGGCGCACCGCAACAGCCUGCUGCUCAACUUCGCCAUCCAGAAGAUCAUGAAGAUGGGCUACCAAGAGGAGGUAGCCGCAGCCGGCUCGGGUCUGGCCUCCUACUUCUCCGUCUUCCAUAAGCUGCUGGCGAACAAGGUGGCGGCGCUGCUGGCGGCGGUGCGCAGGGCGACGGAGGCGGAGGCAGGGGGGGCGGCAGGG